AUGAAUGCACAAAGGCUGUAUACUAUAGUCAUCAAACUUGGAACCUCAUCUCUUGUGGAUGAAGUUUCUCUUGAACCAAGAUUAGCCAAUAUGUCCCUCAUAGUCGAAACAAUUGUCAAAUUACGUCGACAAGGUCAUAGAAUUAUCCUAGUUUCAUCAGGAGCAAUUGCCUGUGGUAUGAAGAGAGUCGGAAUGAACUUGAAACCAAGUAAGCUUGCAGCAGUACAAGCAUUAGCAUCAAUUGGUCAGGGGAGACUUAUUGGACUAUUUGAUGAUUUAUUUAGACAAUUAGAGCAAACCAUUGCUCAGAUUUUAAUCACUAGAAAUGAUAUAAUGGAUUUUACUCAAUAUAAAAAUGCAAGAAAUACAUUGAAUGAAUUGUUGGAAAUGGGGGUUAUUCCAAUUGUUAAUGAAAAUGAUACUUUAUCAGUCUCAGAAAUUAAGUUUGGUGAUAAUGAUACAUUAUCAGCAAUCACUGCUGGUAUGGUACAUGCUGAUUAUCUUUUCCUUAUGACAGAUGUUGAAUGUUUAUAUACCGACAAUCCUCGUUCUAACCCAGAAGCUCAACCAAUUUUAAUAGUGGAAAGAAUAGAUGAAUUAGAAGUUAAAACUGAUACUGAGACCGGAACCGGCGCCGGAACAAGAGUAGGUACCGGAGGGAUGACUACAAAAUUAAUUGCUGCAGAAUUGGCAACGAAUGCAGGUGUUACUACAAUUAUCACAUUAUCUAGUCAACCUCAUUAUAUUUUAAAUAUUGUAGCUCAUAUACAAUCGCAAGAUGGACUGACAUUAUCAAUUGAAGAACAACGUCAAAUUUUUGCCAAUGAUGUUGCACAAGGAAAGAUUCCAUUACAUACAAGAUUUUUAAGAUUGCCAAUAGAUACUCAAAUUAAAUCAGAUAGAAGAUUCUGGUUAUUACAUGGGUUGAAGACUAAAGGUGCACUUAUAAUUGACCUGGGAUGUUUCCAAGCAUUAACUAGGAAAAAUAGAGCUGGUCUAUUACCUGCAGGUAUUCUUGAAGUCGUUGGAACUUUCCAUGAAAGUGAAUGUGUUUCAAUUAAAGUUAUUCCAGAUAGAAAGUUUCCAAUUUCAGAGGCGAUAGAAGUUGGACAUUGUAGAGUCAAUUAUCUGUCUGCUGAAAUACGUUUGAUUAAAGGACAUAAGAGUCACCAAAUUGAAUCCAUAUUGGGAUAUGCCGAUAGUGAGUAUGUCGCUCAUAGAGAUAAUUUGGCAUUUCCUCCUGUAAUGCCACCUUCGACAGAUUCAUUGGUUUCCACUCCUAUAUCUUACUAG